GACAAGGUCACCUGUUCUCUUAAUUUGUAUCCAGUGAUGAUUUGAUGGUGUGCACUAGUAGUAGUAGUAAUAAUAGGAUUUGCCGGAGGUUGCAAGUGUAUUUUAGACGCUGCACAGGGAUCCUUCCGGAAGCAUUGGUUUCUCUGGACUCCUCAAGAAUUGUUAUUCUGUUUUUUGCAGCUGGUGGAUUGGCGUUAUUAGAUGCACUAGAAAAUGUAGACAAACGUGAAAUUAUCGAAUUUAUCUACUCUCACCAAAUACUACCUAUAGAUUCUCAGGACAAAAAGAGUGGAUUUAGAGGCUCAAGUCUUAUCGGUUGCUCAUCAGAUCCUGAGAAGGUAAAAUUAAAUCGUUCAGACUAUGAUGGAAGUCAUGCGACAAUGGUGUAUUCAGCUCUUGUUACACUGUUAUUACUUGGUGAUGACUUGUCUCGUGUGAACCGGAAAGGAGUCCUGACUGGAUUGUCAGCUCUGCAAUGUUCAGAUGAACCUGGUUUAUUCAAAGCAGGAGAUAUUUGUGCAGAACGAGACAUGCGGUUUGUUUUCUCUGCAGUUGCCAGCUGUUAUAUCCUGAAUGGACUGGAUUCUAUUAACUGUGAAAAUGUUGCUAAUUUUACCGCUAAAUGUCUAACCUAUCAAGGUGGUUUUGCUAAUCUACCAUAUUUGGAAGCACACGCUGGAGCUACUUAUUGUGCAGUGGCCAGUUUAUUCCUUAUAAAUAAAUUGGAAUUAGUUAUACCUACUGGAUCAAAGUCAAGAAAUAGACUAGUUAAAUGGUUAUUAAAUUUACAAACAGAAGGAUUUCAUGGACGUAUCGGCAAACCAGAUGACACAUGUUAUACGUUUUGGGUGUGUGCUAGUCUCAAAAUGUUGAACUGUCACCAUCUAGUCGACAAAAAUGCUGUUAUUAGCUUCGUAACAAGAUGUUGGGAUGACGUUGUGGGUGCAUUCAAGAAAAUCCCUGAAGAACAAUGUACCCCAGAUCCACUCCAUACAUAUCUUUCUCUUUCUGGUUUAUCAUGUCUACGUGAUAAAGAUAGUGCCAUUAAACACAUGGAUAAUGAUGUAACUAAUUUUAACUCAGAUGUAUAUCAUGCAUUGAAUAUUCCUGAAUCAACAUAUGAUCUUCUUCAACAGAUACACCUUCGCUGGAGUAAGAAGUAAAAGUGCAAUGCUUGCUAUCAUCUGACCUAUGGAAGUUAUACUAUAAUUUUAUUGAUGCACGGUUAUAACUUUUCUUCUCUGUAGUUGAAUACUCUUACUGUAUUUAUCUUUUAUUUAAAAUAAAUCCUAUCGAGAGUCU